UGUUCAUUGCAUCUACACUCAUCAAAAAGAUUCUCUCUCUCUCUCUCUCUCUCUCUCAGAAGCAAGUCAUAGCUUGUCAUUAUCAGCUCCAUUUCCCUUUCUGUGGGUGAAUGGGUUGCAGGUCUUCAGACAAGCCAAAGCCAAAGCCAAAGCACAGGAAGGGCUUGUGGUCACCUGAAGAAGACCAAAGGCUCAGAAACUACGUCCUCAAACAUGGCCAUGGCUGUUGGAGCUCCGUCCCCAUUAACGCCGGUCUGCAGCGGAACGGGAAGAGCUGCCGAUUGAGAUGGAUUAAUUACUUGAGACCAGGACUAAAACGAGGCAUGUUUUCUUUACAAGAGGAAGAAACAAUCCUCACCCUCCAUCGCUUGUUAGGCAACAAGUGGUCUCAAAUAGCACAGCAUUUGCCUGGAAGAACAGAUAAUGAGAUAAAGAACUACUGGCAUUCCCAUUUGAAGAAAAAGGUGCUCAAAGCUGAUCAAGCAAUGGAGGAAGCGAACACAAGCUCAGAUAAUUUGGAACCAAAUUCUCCCAAUAAACUCACAAUAACGCAAACUCCAAAUUAUGAAUCAUUGUUGAUGAACGUGGAAAAAUCACCAACCGAUACAGAUCGGUUGGUUCCACAGUUGUCUGAAUCUCCUAAACAGCCUAACAGAAGCUCCUUGCCUAAGCUUAUGUUCGCCGAGUGGCUUUCGCUUGACAGCUUUUCAAGCUUAAGUGAGGCAAUAAUGGCUUCCAAGGAUCAAAACAAUUCCAGCUUCAUGGAUAAUUUCAUGCAAGGUUGUUUUUUGAAUGAGGGAACAUUAUUUGGUAAUAGUGAGUAUCGCAAUUCCCCAUUGAACGAUGCCUCCCCUGAAGACAUGUUCAGUCCACAGUUUAAAUUCGAAUGCCAUAGUUCAGGAAAUGAUCAGUUUGUUGAUUUUAGCUCUGGAGAGGAUAUUUGUAGUGAAUUCAACAUGAAGAACGAUUUGAAGUAUAUAUAUGAGUAUUGAGCACUGAGCAGGGGGACAGGUUUUCAGAUAACUUCAAGGAAGAAUAAUCUCUAAUUUGACUUCAUAUGAUAAUUAGUUUGGCUUUCAAGGGAAAUUACUUGACCUGCUAUUUUUAUCGGUGUAAUUAGUGGUUAUUCUUCCUUGGAAAUUGCUCUUGGAGAAACCAUCAGCUAUUUGUUUCAAAAAUAAA